GGGCGGGGCCACAGCGCAAGUCUCGCGAGAGCUGAGAAAGGACAUCUCCGAGGGCCGGAAAAAUGUCCCCUCGCGUUGCGGGCAGCCCUCCGAUCCCGCUGCCCUGGGCCGCGGCCCUGCUCCUCGCCCUGCGCGUGGGAAGGGCCCUGGCGCUACCCGAGAUAUGCAUCCAGUGCACAGGGAGUGUGCAGGAUUGGUCAAAAGUGGCCCUUUAUUGUAAGCAGACGCCAGAGCGAACGUUGCACGCCCGCUGCUGCCUGAAUCAGAAUGGCACCAUCCUGGGGCUGGAUCUCCAGAACUGUUCUCUGAAGGACCUUGGUCCAAACUUUCCUCAAGCACAUACUGCCGUCAUCAUAGACCUGCACGCAAACCCCCUCAAGGAUGACUUGGCCAACACCUUCCACGGCUUUAUCCAGCUCCAGACUCUGAUACUACCACCCGAUGUCAACUGUCCUGGAGGCAUUAACGCCUGGAACACUGUCACAUUUUACCCAGACAACCAAACCUGUGAAGGACAAAGGAACCUUUGCAAUAGCACUGGGGACACAGAAAUAUGUCCUGAGAAUGGAUCUUGUGUGCCUGAUGGUCCAGGUCUUUUGCAGUGUGUUUGUGCUGAUGGCUUCCAUGGCUACAAGUGUAUGCGCCAGGGCUCGUUCUCGCUGCUUACGUUCUUUGGGAUUUUGGGAUCCACCACAUUAUUCAUCUCCAUCCUGCUUUGGGGAACCCAACGCCGAAAAGCUAAGGCUUCAUGAACUACCUAGAUCUCCUACUGACCUAAAGAUCAUCCCACUAUCUUAGGCCAGCCGGGGAGACUUCCUUCCUGGACAGGCUGGUCCGAGGAGCCUCCUCAAGGAGAAGGCCAUGGUUGGAAGGAAGAUGGAACAUUGUGCAAUGCUGGAUUGUCACACUCCAAUCGAGGCGUGGACUAGUCCCAGUUCCCAUUUGUGCUGUUAACGAUAAUAAACUUUUUUAUU